CAUUUCUGUAGACACGGAUUGAUAACACAGAAGUAAAGAGAGGUAACACUGAACAAUGGCUUGUUUCUGUGCCAAAAGUUGACUCUAUGAAGACCAUUUCGUUGAUGUUCAGAUUAUGGCGAGUUUAGCUGAUGUGUUUAAGGAGAAGGAACGGUCGAACUGGCUUAAGGCAUGGCUAGCAAUAGACAUUGCGAAGUCUGGCUUGGAGCACUUAGCUGACAACGAGGCUCAGACUUUUCACCAGCACAUUUACAGCCAAGUAACAUCUACUCUUAAGUCACAAUCAGCUACUUGCACCAGCUGUAACACAACAAAUUUACUGCGAAACCAAAAAUGUCCAAACCAGAUUUGUGAUAAAGUUUGCCAGGAAAUUAUCAAGGAACAUCGGUACAAAAAAUGUUCUUGGAACAAUACAUCUGCGCCAUUAUGGCAAACGCACUAUUGGGAAAUAGCGAAAUGUUACAUCCAAACAGAUGGAUAUGCUGACAAGAUAUCGAUUCAAGACACAGACUUCAAUGGAGUCGUCAGUUUUAUGCUAAACUGCAAACGCUUUGAUAGCAAGUUUUCUUUUCCAAUAACAAAAGGAAAGCCAACCCACAACAAUCCUGCAUGCCUCCUGUAUAAGGCUCGCAAAGUCCAUAAAGCAGUGCGGCACUCUUCAAUAAUGAAAGUCACUGAUGUCGAUCUCCAAGACUAUUUCACAUCAUUGAACAACCUGCUGAAUGAUUCAAGCUAUCUCAGUCAAGAUAACUUUGCCAAAAAUGCUGUGGUGAAAUUAGCCCAGUUGGAAAAAGACACAUUACUAUUGACUACAACAGAGAUGAUGUGUUUCCUGGAUGCUGUUGGAACAACUUUGAAACAACACUUGAAAGAUAUUGCAAAAGACGUUGUUGACGCAUCAGUGAAUGACCUGAGAGUAAACACAGCAUUGUGCAUUGAUAACAUUAGAGAUUUUAUGAGAAAUUGUAAGCAAGAGCUCGCAAAACAGGCAGAUAUACAUAAACAGGAUAUCGAUGAACACGUCGACAGUAAAAAACAAGGCAUAGAUGAUCACACCGGAAGACACAAACAGGGCAUGGAUGAAAACGCUGAUAGACACAAACAGGGCAUGGAUAAACACGCCGAUAGACACAAACAGGGCAUGGAUGAACACGCUGGUAGACACAAACAGAGCAUGGAUGAAAACGCUGAUAAGCACAAACAGGGCAUGGAUGAACACGCUGAUAGACACAAACAGGGCAUGCAUGAAAACGCUGAUAGACACAAACAGGGCAUGGAUGAACACGCUGAUAUACACAAACAGGGCAUGGAUGAACACGCUGGUAGACACAAACAGGGCAUGGAUGAACACGCUGGCAGACACAAACAGGGCAUGGAUGAACACGCUGGUAGACACAAACAGAGCAUGGAUGAAAACGCUGAUAGACACAAACAGGGCAUGGAUGAACACGCUGUCAGACACAAACAGGGCAUGGAUGAAAACGCUGAUAGACACAAACAAGGCAUGGAUGAACACGCUGAUAGACACAAACAGGGCAUGGAUGAACACGCUGGUAGACACAAACAGAGCAUGGAUGAACACGCUGAUAGACACAAACAGGGCAUAGAUGAACACGUCAGUAGACACAAACAGUGCUUAGAUGAACAAGCAGAAAAAUGCAUUAAGGACAUCCAAGAACAGUUUGGAAAUACUACUUUCACUGAAACAACGUAUAAACAGUCCUGUAAAGAAAUGCUUGGAGCUUUGACGAAGUAUUACAGAAAACGUUUCUGUCAUAUUAAUAUCUUCCCAUUGGAUGACUGGGCUGAGGAAAAGUUACUUGAUAUUUAUAUGCCGCUGAAAAUACAACUUAUGGCUAAGGAAAGAGGGUAUUUUAAGAAAACUGGUGAACAAAUUUUGAAAUACAAAAAUAUUUUCCAAUCGGACACCGAACCGAACCAACAGAUAUUUAUUCAAGGGGAAGCAGGUUAUGGGAAAUCUACUUUUCUUGCAAAAUUGGUAAUGGACUGGUGUGCUAUAACAUCAGAACAAUCAGCCGAGAUGACGCUGCCAAUUGACGACAGUAUCACUAGGUUCAGAUCUAAUACACAGAUGAGAUACUCUAAUGUCUUUGCCGAUUUAACGUCUCUGAAAGACUUUACAUAUGUCUUCCAUGUAACAUUAAGGGAAUCAGUUGGUCAGUUUGAAAUCGAAAAAAUGAUAAAUACACAGAUAGUUGACAGUAUAUUCUCAUCUAAAGAAGAUCGCGAAAAGGCAUACAUACUACUAGAUGAGAUCAUGAAACGUGAACGUUGCUUGGUAUUACUUGAUGGUCUAGAUGAAUGGACCGGUACUGGAGAUCAUCACAACCUGCCAACACUGGCCGACGUACACAGUCUUUGCGUUUUGUUGAUAACUACUCGACCUUGGAAGAUGACAGAAGCGAAGAUACUUGACUCGCAGAUUUGCAAACUGCUGCAACUUGAUGGAGUCAACAACGUGUUUGAGGUGAGCAGAAAAAUCCUGAGGUGUAUGAAAGAGUUUAAGGGUAGACAAGAUUUAGACAAAAAACAAUCUGAAUUUGAAUCGUAUGUACAUAAAUUUGGCUUGUUAGAGCAUUUGUACUCCCCAAUGAUGUUGUGUUUGAUUGUACACUCGUGGACCAAAGGAACUGAAUUGAAAGGCUCUCUUUGUGAAAAAUACAGCCUCUUGCUGGAAUGUCUUUUCAAGAAGGCGAAUAUUGAAACGAGUGAAUUUCAAGAGCCGCCUUAUCGAUGUUUCACAGAGACCCAAAACAUACAACCCAAUAUUGAACACUUGAAUAGACUUGCUGAAGCGGCAUUUUAUUUGUUGUUUUCAGAUACACAGGAAAAAGCUCUGGUAUUCACCAUUACGGAACUAAAGAAAUUCAAUUUAGGUCAACUUGAUAAAGAGAACUUUGCACUGAAGUCCGGUAUUUUAUCAGUGACGCGCAAGGCAUCUGCAUUAAGAUCUUCUUCAUCAUUUUCAUUUAUUCAUAAGAGCAUUCAGGAAUUCCUGGCUGCUUAUCAUAUUGCAUGCAAUACCAAUGUUAUUGAUGACGUCAUUUCCGGACACCUCAGCCGUCACAAGGAUGCAUAUCUUGACAUAUCCCAGGUGUUCAUCUUCCUCUGCGGACUGAACAUGUCGGCUGCAAAUAAGUUUUCUUGCAUGAUGGAUGAACACGAUGUAGCAAUGCAUCACAUUUACUUUCGGCUUCAAAACAUCCUACUAGCAGGAUACAGAGAAGAUGUUGCCAAUCAGCAGAAGGAUAGUGUACUCAAACUCAGUGAUUACUAUUUGCAACCAAUCAUUCGCUCUGGGCUUCAAAAGGUCAUACUAGCAGGAUACAGAGAAGCUGUUGCCAAUCAGCAAAAGAAUAUUUUACUCAAACUCAGUGUGUACUAUUUUAACUUUUAUAACGACAUGCGAGACCUGCACAGCAUAUGGACAAAUAACAAGUCCAAUGUCCUGUCCAUGACGAUAGAUUUAAUAGAGAGCUCACCAACAAGAGGCGAGUCUGCGUUUCAUAUUGAGUUUGACCUGUCAUCGUGCAACAAGCUGCAAUCAUUGAAACUAGAUGGAAAAGGCAUUUUGCUUAGUGAUUUUGCAAGUACGUCAACGGCAGAAUAUCUGGUCGGGAUUGUUCUAAAAAGUGCAGAUCUAUUCCAGUGUGCAGAUCCUCCUCCAAUACUGCCUUCUAUAAAAUACAUUAAAAUGUGCAAUAUCACAUGUUCCUAUACCUGUCUACGCUGUAUGUUCUGCAAGCUGCUGACCCUCGAUCACGCGUUGACGUUUGACCUGCAAUCGAUCUAUAUUAAAUGUGCUGAAGCAGCAAAAAGAGAAAUAAGGGCAAUUAUACAUACAGAUGUAAACAAUUCCUCCAUCGUAACAACCGAAAAUGACAAUCCCUAUCUGUUUAAGGCUCUGCAUGGUCUGAAUAUCAGGAGUCUCAGUCUGAGUGCUGCGUGGGGAGGUUUGAACGUGGAUCAUGAAGAAUCGCUGUCGCAGUCACUAUCAUCGCUCACACAGCUUGAAACGCUUAGUAUUGAAGUGGUGUUUUACAGUUCCGGAUUGUGGAAGUCUCUGCAUGGUCUGAAUAUCAAGAGUCUCAGUCUGAGCAUUAUACAGGGACGUUUGAAGGAUCAUGAAGAAUCGCUGUUGCAGUCACUAUCAUCGCUCACACAGCUGGAAUCGCUUAGUAUUCGAGUGAGGUAUGACAGUCUCGGACUGUGGAAGGCUCUGCAUGGUCUGAAUAUCAAGAGUCUCAGUCUGAGUGGUACGUGGGGUAGUUUGAACGUAUAUCAUGAAGAAUCGCUGUCGCAGUCACUAUCAUCGCUCACACAGCUUGAAACGCUUAGUAUAGAAGUAAAGUAUGACAGUCCUCGUUUGUUGGAGGCUCUGCAUGGUCUGAAUAUCAAGAGUCUGAGUCUGCGUGGUUUCUGGGAAGGUUUGUGUGUGGAAAAUGUAGAGUGGCAGUCGCAGUCACUGUCAUCGCUCACACAGCUUGAAACGCUUAGUAUUGAAGUGAUGUAUGACAGUCCCUCUUUGUGGAAGGCUCUGCAUGGUCUGAAUAUCAAGAGCCUGAGUCUGAUUAUUAUGCAUGGAGGUUUGAACGUGGCUCAUGAAGAAUCGCUGUCGCAGUCACUGCCAUCGCUAACACAGCUGGAAACGCUUAGUAUUGAAGUGUGGUAUUACAGUCCCGGACUGUGGAAGGCUCUGCAUGGUCUGAAUAUCAAGAGUCUGAGUCUGAGUGUACAAAUCCAUGAAGUUUUGAACGUGCCUGAUGAAGAAUCGCUGUCGCAGUCACUAUCAUCGCUCACACAGCUGGAAACGCUCAGUAUAGAAGUAGAGUAUGACAGUCCCGGACUGUGGAAGGCUCUGCAUGGUCUGAAUAUCAGGAGUCUCAGUCUGAGUCUCAGUCUCAGUCUGAGUAUUAUGCAGGGAGGUUGGGACGUGGAUCAUAAAGAAUCGCUGUCGCAGUCACUAUCAUCGCUCACACAGCUGGAAACGCUUAGUAUAGAAGUGAAGUAUGACAGUCCCGGAUUGUGGAAGGCCCUGCAUGGUCUGAAUAUCAAGAGUCUGAAGCUUAACUGGAUGGGUGGGUUGAUGCGGCCAGCAAGUGGCACCAAAAUGGCGGAAGAUUACGUGCUGGUGUCCGAUCUUGUCCUGCAGUUCGUGAGCGUUGCACUGGGCUUUGGUUUCAUUGAGAUGUACCCGGAACUAAUAAGCGUGUUCGACGCCAAGAGGUCCGAGCUCGCACGGAUUCAGGGCUUGUAUCUGGGCUUUACCACAUGA